UAACGAUAGCUCAGUAUAUAUGUAUAAAAUGAUUUGAGAAAUUGAGAAGCAUGAGCGAUGUGUGAUAACAAAAAUACGCACAAAAAACUGACGCUGAAAUUAGCUACGAGCAUCCCAGACAAUAGCCGCACUUGAGUAAGCAACAACAACACGAAAGAGAAAUAAACGACACGUCAACGUAGCGGCCUAAAAAUGUAUUGCCUGCAAUGUCUAUUGCCCGUGUUGCUCAUACCAAAGCCCACAAAUCCAGCGCUGAUGGAGACGCACGUCAUGUUCAUAGUACUCUAUUUGAUAGGCUUCUUUCUGGAACGAAAGCCAUGUACAAUCUGUAGCUUAGUAUUUCUCACUGCAGUCUCACUCAUCUGCUACAGCGGCGUCGGCAACUGCAUCUUUUGGGGCAGCUGCGAGGGUCAUCUUUGUGAGAAUGGCUAGACGCCGGGCCCAAGUCGCGAGCCAAUAGUCAACGAAAUCGAGGCGGGAUGUAGGAGUGCUAAUUAAUUAAUUACGUUCGCGUUUGCUACAGCUUUACAAUACAUACAAUUUGCAUAAACAAACAAACAAUCAGUGAUAAAAAGUGAGUGAGUCUACAAAAAGAGAAGAGGAGAACGUACAUGAAUGUUUGUCAACAGAUAACAACCUCUAUUUAUCUGCCCGCCCUACAAGGAAAGCCAAAAACAAUAACAAUUCCAUCCCAACGCAUUCGAUAUUAUCUGCCUCUUCGAAAUGUAUUUUAAUUUAGCUAAAUUUUCUAACACCCCCAAUCCUGCAAAGAGAAAUUUGUAUUCAUUUGUGUAUUUUUAUAGUUUUUCUUUAGAAUUAAAAGAGAAAUUCCUUUUAACAAGCGCUACAAAUGUAUUGUAAAUUCUUCUGAUUAUGAGAGCAGAGUUAUUCCCCGUCAAUGCAAACUACGAUUAGUCAUAUUUAUAUAUUUAAAUAAACUGUAAACAAAAGAAAUCAUAAUAAUGCUGUGCGUCCUUUGUUGCGCCAAUGAAAGUCUUAAUCGGUUGUUUCCCACAAAUUGUAUAUAAAAAUAUACAUACACAUACACACGCACACACACAUGCAUACACACGUAUACACUAAUCAUUGAUUGAUAUAUUGUAUAAAAAUAAUCAAAAGUAAAAGGAAAUGUUGGAUUUUUUUUUACGAAUUGCACUUUGUACAUUUACUUUAAGCAACGACAAAUUUUUCAAAUUUGUUUUGAAACGAAAUUAAAAUAAUAAUAACAAAUUAACGUACCGAAACGACACAAUAUCUAUA